UCUCAGUUUAUUCUCAGGUCUCUCCAACUAAAACAUAACAUCGUCUGCUGCUAGUAGCGGAAGCGGACCAAACACUGUUCAUGUCUUCUGUUUUCGGUCUCUUCGAUUAUUCACAAUCAAUCCCGUGCCAUAACUUGCAGACCGAAUGAAGUUCCAAGGAUGAUGUUUUGAUUUUACCGGUCCUAUAUUACAACCUCUUUAACCUCCGCCGGGCUCGUGGUGUCGAUGGUCAUUAUGGGUUACGGUCGAUGUCUCAGUUUCAUAUUUCAUUUCAAGAGCUCUUUGAAACAGAUCAGUAACUGCUACAGAUUCUUUUCAGCUACGCCGGAAUGGGAACCAGUCGUGGGUUUGGAAAUUCACGCUCAGAUACAGUCAUCAUCCAAACUGUUCUCCGGUGCUGAUACCAAUUUCCAGACUCCAACUAAUCGGUCAGUUGCUCUGUUUGAUGCCGCUUUCCCUGGCACCCUUCCUGUGCUGAAUCGAAGGUGUGUUGAAGCUGGCACCUUGACAGCCUUAGCUCUGUCCUGCGACUUGAAUCAAGUAUCUACUUUUGACCGAAAACAUUACUUUUAUUCUGAUCUUCCUGCGGGUUACCAAAUUACUCAACAUAGAUUUCCUCUAGCCCAGAAUGGACUGUUGAAUUUUAUUGUAUAUAAGGGUGGUAGUGAUAGCCGUUUGUAUGAGAAAACUUCACAAAUUCAUCAAAUACAGCUUGAACAGGACAGUGGGCGCUCUCUUCACGAUGAAAUCAGGAGUCUUGUUGAUUUAAACCGAGCAGGGCUUCCUCUGAUGGAACUUGUUUUUAAGCCUGACCUGUCAGAUGGUGAAGAGGCUGCAGCUCUUGUCAAAGAACUUAUUUUAGUUUUGACUAGAUUGGGUACAUGCUCUUGCAAAAUGGAAGAGGGUGCUCUUAGAGUGGAUGCCAAUGUUUCUGUCCACAGAAGAAAUAGUCCUUUAGGAACACGGACAGAAAUUAAAAAUAUUGGUGCAAUUCGGGCUGUUGCCAAUGCAGUUGACUAUGAGAUUGACCGACAGAUCAGAGUACUUCAAUGUGGCAAAGAGGUUGUGAAUGAAACAAGAUCUUGGGAUGCAGAACGUAUGAGAACUGUACCAAUGAGAGACAAAGAAGAGAAACAAGAUUAUAGGUACAUGCCAGAACCUAACUUACCACCUUUGCAUUUGCGUUUGACAAAUGACCAGCCAAUGCACUCUAAUAUGGUUGAUGUAACCCAGCUUAUAAAUAAGGUUCCUGAGUCUCCAUUCCAAAUGCGUGUUAGAUUUCAGAAAGAUUAUGGCUUAUCUCUUUUGCAAGCAGUCCGUUUAGUUAGUGAAGAUAUGUUGCUUCCACUUUUUUUUAAUGCUAUGAAUAUGAAGCAGGACAGAGAUGCUGUGAUACUCACAGAUCUGCUCCUAAAUGAUGUGUUAAGCUAUUUUAAUGAGGAUGACAGCUGUAAUGUGGUGUUUAAAGCUGAUGAUAUGGGGACAAUUACAGACAUGAUGAAGGACGGAGUCAUUAGUAAAAGUAUUGCUAGGAUAAUUCUCAAAGAACUUUCUCAAUCCCCUGCCUUGUCAGCUAAAGAGGUCAUGGAGAAAAAUAAUUUAUCACUAAUUUGUGACCCGGCUAUCAUUGAACGGCUGUGUCGUUCCGUAACACAAGAAAACGCCAAUAUGUUGAAAAAACAUCUCGCAGGAAAGAAAGACUCCACCAAGGUUCUAGAAACCAAAGUUUGGAAGAAAUCGGAGGGAAGGGCAAAUAUGAAUCUAGUUAAAGAAUGGUUUAAAACAAAUUACCCUUUCUCUAAAAAAUAAAAUUUGAUCUAGUAGAAGAACAAUA